AUGAACAUUCAAAUGCCACCUAAAACAAAUAAUCUCUUAACAUAUCGAUACAACACAACUAAAGCAUGUAAUUCUUGCAGACACUUAAAAACUAGAUGUGUAAAGGAACAUCUUGAUCAAUCUGAUAAAUGUAGAGUAUGCAUAAAACGUAAUUAUGUAUGCACUUAUCCUCAUAGCACAAAAAAACGUGGGCGCAGACCCAAGAAAGGUAAUACAAAUAAUAAAAGAGUCGUUAUAACUCCUCCUUAUAAUAACGAACCCUCUACUUUCAAUAAUGAACGCUUUACACAUCCUUUCGAUAAUGAUCCCACUACGCCUCCUUUCGAUAAUAAACCCACUACAUCUCCUUCUGAUAAUACACCCACUACAUCCCCUUCUGAUAAUAAACCCUCUACACCUUCUUCCAGCAAUGAACUCUACAUCUUCCAAGAGCUAAUCUCAGGGGAAAUAAAUCUUGAUAGCAACUUGUUUAAAAAGAAACAAUCAUAG